UGACGUAAAGACGCAAAGCACGAAGGGAUUACGAAGAGAUAUAAACGCCGCGACAACACCUCCAUUCAACCGACCUACCUUGAUGUGACGGCAAAAAAUGGCGCAAAAGUCGGCCGAAAUCGCACAAGUCCCAGCUGUUACCACUCAGCAACCGGGUGCUGUAAAUCCAGGGCAGGUGGUAUGGAUGCAGCCUCCCCCUCCCCCGAUGGGAUGCCCACCCGGCCUGGAAUACCUUACCCAGAUAGACCAGCUAUUGAUAAGGCAGCAAGUUGAGCUGUUUGAGCUUUUUACUGGCUGUGAGAUGAAGAACAAGUACCAAAUAACCAACUCUCUUGGGCAGCAGGUCUAUUUUGCUAAGGAAGAUACUGACUGCUGUACUCGUCAAUGUUGUGGCCCUGCCCGUCCCUUUGAGAUGGAGAUCACUGACAACACCGGGCGUGAGGUGAUCCACUUGUCUCGCCCUCUCAGGUGUGCUUGUUUUUGCUGCUGGUGCUGCUUGCAGACUAUUGAAGUACAGGCUCCACGUGGAAAUGUUGUUGGAUAUGUUGAACAAGAGUUUUACAUUUGCAAGCCUAAGUUCACCAUCAAGGAUGCCAACCGCCAGACUAUACUAACCAUGACUGGACCAAUCUGUGCUUGUCGAUGCUGUGCAGAUGUGGAGUUCCCGGUGUUGUCAGCUGACGGCACAGUUCCAGUUGGCAAGGUUACCAAGCAGUGGACUGGUUUGAUCAAGGAGGCCUUUACUGAUGCCGAGAACUUUGGAAUAACAUUCCCUAUGGAUUUGGAUGUAAAGAUGAAAGCUGUCAUGCUGGGAGCAGUGUUCUUGAUAGACUUCAUGUUUUUUGAAACUCAAAACCACAACAACUAGUUAAAUGUGCAGCACUAUCCUAAGCACAUGUAAUUUAACUGAUUCAGUGGAACCUAUUAACUCGAACCCUCAAGGAAUUCUAACAACAAUGUUAUCUAAGAAGACAAGACUGAAAAUGAAUGGAAAUUGAGUCAGUUGAGUUAUUAAGGUUCCACUGCAGUUUGAUUAAACAGUUUUUCAAUAUACCCCGAUCGCUCAUGUAUACAUAAUCAAAUAUACCGGAAUGUUUUAUUUUUGAGUUCUCUGAAAGCAAAACUUGAAAACAAGGGUCCGCUAUAUAAAGGGGAAAGCUCCUCCCGUCCGGGCUCAAGAACAACCAGUUAUCUAUCAGCCAUCAAUGAGUCAACAUGUCAGGACAAUUGUUUUGAGCGCUAAAUUCAAAUGUCAUAUUCUAAACCAAAAUUAGAUACAAUUAUAAAUAUAAGCACAAUUCCUAGACUUGUCCCCAUACAUUGUUUCAAUUUAUCAUAAAAUAAUGUUAUACCAAGCUGUGUGCGCUCUAAAAUAUAAGCAUUUUCAUCACAGCGCGAGAUUAAUAUCAAGAUGCAGAAGAUUAAAGACAGCCAAAAUCAAAAACGUGGGCUCACCGAAAAUGCGAGUGGACAACAAAUCACCAAAUGUCUUGUUACCUAUGCAAAAUUAGUUUUAUCCCAACCUACUGAGGCUCAGAGUUAAGCAUAUUUACACGCAUGACUGCUAGCGUGACAGUGUUGUGACUGCUAGCGUGACAGUGUUGUGACUGCUAGCGUGACAGUGUUGUGACUGCUAGCGUGGCAGUGUUGUGACUGCUAGCGUGGCAGUGUUGUGACUGCAAGCGUGGCAGUGUUGUGACUGCUAGCAUGACAGUGUUGUGACUGCUAGCGUGACAGUGUUGUGACUGCUAGCGUGGCAGUGUUGUGACUGCUACCGUGGCAGUGUUGUGACUGCUACCGUGGCAGUGUUGUGACUGCUAGCGUGGCAGUGUUGUGACUGCUAGCAUGACAGUGUUGUGACUGCUAGCGUGGCAGUGUUGUGACUGCAAGCGUGGCAGUGUUGUGACUGCUAGCAUGACAGUGUUGUGACUGCUAGCGUGGCAGUGUUGUGACUGCUAGCGUGGCAGUGUUGUGACUGCUAGCAUGGCAGUGUUGUGACUGCUACCGUGACAGUGUUGUGACUGCUAGCGUGGCAGUGUUGUGACUGCUAGCAUGACAGUGUUGUGACUGCUAGCGUGACAGUGUUGUGACUGCUAGCGUGACAGUGUUGUGACUGCUAGCGUGACAGUGUUGUGACUGCUAGCGUGACAGUGUCGUGACUGCUAGCGUGACAGUGUUGUGACUGCUAGCGUGACAGUGUUGUGACUGCUAGCAUGGCAGUGUUGUGACUGCUAGCGUGGCAGUGUUGUGACUGCUAGUGUGACAGUGUUGUGACUGCUAGUGUGGCUGUGUUGUGACUGCUAGCGUGGCAGUGUUGUGACUGCUAGCGUGGCUGUGUUGUGACUGCUAGCGUGACAGUGUUGUGACUGCUAGCGUGGCAGUGUUGUGACUGCUAGCGUGGCAGUGUUGUGACUGCUAGCGUGGCAGUGUUGUGACUGCUAGCGUGACAGUGUUGUGACUGCUAGCGUGGCAGUGUUGUGACUGCUAGUGUGACAGUGUUGUGACUGCUAGUGUGGCUGUGUUGUGACUGCUAGCGUGGCAGUGUUGUGACUGCUAGCGUGGCUGUGUUGUGACUGCUAGCGUGACAGUGUUGUGACUGCUAGCGUGGCAGUGUUGUGACUGCUAGCGUGGCAGUGUUGUGACUGCUAGCGUGGCAGUGUUGUGACUGCUAGCGUGACAGUGUUGUGACUGCUAGCGUGACAGUUGUGACUGCUAGCGUGGCAGUGUUGUGACUGCUAGCGUGGCAGUGCUAGCUGGGAGGAGCGUUUUCUUUUAUAAUAGCGGAACCUCGUGUUUAAACCUAACAUUUUGUUACGGUGUAAGAACUUUUUGUAAGGAUUGCAUCCAGGACCCCAAGAAAAUAAUGAAAGCAUAUCUACAAUGGCAAUAAAAGUAAUUUGCACUUAUGGCUUGCAUGGGAUGCUGGACAUAACCAAUAUGGAUUUAACUCUCACCAUUUACAGCUACAGGAGUCCGUAUCAAUCCAAAAGAGUUUUAAUCUUUUGUUAUUACGCAUUGAUCGAUAUUGUUGUUUGUGAAUCGUAGUUAAACUUACGUACAUAGCAUUAUACAACCAUACAUCCAUCAUAUAAGUGAGAAAUAAAGUGUUUUGCACGCAA